CCCCUCUCAGCCCAUUGGCGGCAGAGCUCAUCACGUGACGUCCCUUAGCAACGCACUUGGGCUUCCUUAGCUACUUCCCGGGCCUAGGGCUGAGGCGCAGGCUGAUAUCCUCUAAAAAUGAGUCAGUCAGACAACAGCUUUGAGCCAAAUGUUAUUGACGAUGAAAUGCUUCAGAAAGCAGUUGAAGAGCAGUGGCCAGAGGACAUAAGGAAUAUUGCCAAAGCAGAAGGUGGUAUUGACUUUAAAGAUGUGAUGGAGCUACAGCUUAGUUUUAGAAAUAUCCUGCAGAUUGAUAAUCUGUGGCAGUUUGAGAAUCUUACUAAGCUGCAGCUGGACAACAACAUCAUUGAGAAGAUAGAAGCUCUGGAGAGUCUGGUUCACCUUGUGUGGCUUGACUUGUCCUUCAACAACAUUGAAGUAAUUGAGGGCCUGGAUACCCUUGUCAAACUGCAGGACCUAAGCCUCUGCAACAACAGAAUAUCUAAAAUAGAGCACAUGGACACAUUGCAAGAGCUACAGAUUUUCUCCAUUGGAAAAAAUAACCUGACCACUCUGGAAAAUGUGGUCUAUCUCAGGAGGUUUAAGAACUUACGUGCACUGAAUCUCACUGGGAACCCUUUCUGCGAUGAAGAGCAGUAUAUGCUGUUUGUUGUUGCUCACCUUCCAGGCUUGGUAUACUUGGACUUCAAGCUCGUGAGUGACACCACGCGAGAAGUUGCCAUUUCAAAUUACCAGUACCUCACUGACCUGCUGGAACACGAGGAGGCCCAGGCUCUGGCUCAGCUGGAGGAGAAGCAGGCACAGCAGAAGGAGCUGGAGUACCACAAGACAGCCUUUGUUGAGUACCUGAAUGGAUCAUUCCUGUUUGACAGUUUGUAUGCAGAGGAUACAGAAGCUGCCAAACUGGCUUACCUCCCCGGAGUGGAUGACCUGCUGCAGGCAUACAGGAAAGAUUUUGUCUCCGUUUGUGAGAACCUGUUUAACUACGGACUGAAAGAGUAUGAAAAACGAGAAGCUGAAGUCGCUGAGUUCUAUGAAGGCCUUCAUGAAGUGCUGACAGCCAACCAAGAAGAAGGCAGGAAAAUAAUCCUAGACUUUGAAAAUCAGAACAAAAUGAGGCUGGAUGAGAUCCAUCAUGCCAGCAGUCACGACACUGCUGAGUCUAUGCGAGCCGAGUACAACGAGGACAUCCUUCAGCUGUCAGAAACACUCAUGACCUUGGAAAUGCAGAUGGUGGACCAGCUGGAGGAACUGAUAAAGGAAUUUGAAAGAAACAUUGCUGUCAUAGCAUCAACAUUCAUUGACAACGUUAAAGGCAUGAUGACGCAGUGCCGGGACCUGGAAAAUCGUCACCAUGAGAAGCUGCUAGAGAUCUCCAUCAGCGCUCUGGAGAAAUCACUCAAGAAUGAGCUUGAUGAGGAAUUGCCAGAUGAUGUUCGUGAGUUUCUCGUGGACAAAAAUGUCAUUGUCAACAUGGUCAACAAAUCCCAUAAUAUCCACCUGCUGAAGAUCGAUAUGCGAGAGUGUGACAUCCUCCUCAACACCUACCACUGGGAGGCCUUUGUGAAAGAGAAGGCUCUCCAAAACGAGAUUGACAGAAACCGCAACCGUGUCAAAGAGAUUUUUCAGUACAUCGAUGAUCUCCAGGAGCAGCUGGAAAAAACACAGAUUCCGGAGCCCAUGGAGUAGGUCUGCCCUGGGCUGGGCAGCUGCCUUAGCUGGGUGCACACAGCUGCAGAACACCCAGCAAGGACGCUGCCCCUCUCUGCCGGUGCUGUCUAGAACAUUUCAGGCCAAAGGCAUACUCCUUUCAUAGUCAGCAAAUAAAAGAUACUUAUUGUUUCUGGAAAAGCAUA